GCCUGGGGCUCGCGGGAGGGGAAGGAGGAGGAGGUGGUGGUAGUGGGGGAGGUGGCGGAGGUGGAGGCUGAAGCAGCGCAAAAGGCGGCCGCGGCUGGGCGGCGCGGCGCGCGGCCCAGGAGCGUUGGAAUCCUGAAUUGAGACGGCUGCGCCCGAGGACAGCAGGAGUGGCGGGGCCGCCACCGUCGCCGGAGAGAUGAGCCGGGAAGCCUAAGGCCGGAGACGCCCGCCCUCGGGCCCGUCUGCCCGGCUUCCCUGCCCCGGGCUUCUGGAAGAUGAAAGAGACUAUACAGGGGACUGGGUCUUGGGGGCCUGAGCCUCCUGGACCUGGCAUAGCUCCAGCUUAUGCAAGCCCCAGGCAGGAGCGGCUUCGUUGGCCCCCUCCCCCCAAGCCCCGACUCAAAUCUGGUGGAGGGUUUGGGCCAGAUCCUGGGUCAGGGACUGCAGUGCCAGCCAGACGCCUCCCUGUCCCUCGGCCCUCUUUUGAUGCCUCUGCUAGUGAAGAGGAAGAGGAAGAAGAGGAGGAGGAGGAUGAAGAUGAGGAAGUGUCAGCUUGGAGGCUACCCCCCAGAUGGGGUCAUCUGGGAGCGACCCAGAGGUCUCGCCCAGCCCGCUCUACUCAUCGAAAAACCUGCUCACAGCGCCGCCGCCGAGCUAUGCGAGCCUUCAGGAUGCUGCUCUACUCAAAAAGCACCUCGCUGACAUUCCACUGGAAGCUUUGGGGGCGCCACCGGGGCCGGCGGCGGGGCUUUGCACACCCCAAGAACCAUCUUUCACCCCAGGAAGGGGGUGUGACACCACAGGUGCCAUCCCCCUGCUGUCGUUUUGACUCCCCCCGUGGGCCACCGCCACCCCGGCUGGGUCUGCUAGGUGCUCUCAUGGCUGAGGAUGGGGUGAGAGGGUCUCCACCAGUGCCCUCUGGGCCCCCCGUGGAAGAAGAUGGAUUAAGGUGGACUUCAAAGUCUCUGGACCCUGAUUCUGGCCUCCUUUCCUGUACUCUGCCCAAUGGCUUUGGGGGACCACCUGGGCCAGAAGGGGAGUGCAAUCUGGCACCCCCUGAUGCCAGCAUUCUCAUCAGCAAUGUGUGUAGCAUCGGGGACCAUGUAGCCCAGGAGCUUUUUCAGGGCUCAGAAGUGGGCGCUGCAGAAGAGGCAGAACAGACGGGGGAGAAAGCCGGACAACACAGUCCACUCCAGGAGGAGCAUGUGACCUGUGUGCAGAGCAUCUUGGAUGAAUUCCUUCAGACUUACGGCAGCCUUAUUCCCCUCAGCACUGAUGAAGUAGUAGAGAAAUUAGAGGACAUUUUCCAGCAAGAGUUUUCUACACCUUCCAGGAAGGGCCUGGUGCUGCAGUUAAUCCAAUCAUACCAGCGGAUGCCAGGCAAUGCCAUGGUGAGAGGCUUCCGAGUGGCCUAUAAGCGGCAUGUGCUGACGAUGGAUGACUUGGGAACCUUGUAUGGACAGAAUUGGCUCAAUGACCAGGUGAUGAACAUGUAUGGAGACCUGGUCAUGGAUACAGUUCCUGAAAAGGUGCAUUUCUUCAACAGUUUCUUCUAUGAUAAACUCCGCACCAAGGGUUAUGAUGGGGUGAAAAGGUGGACCAAAAAUGUGGACAUCUUCAAUAAGGAGCUACUGCUCAUCCCCAUCCACCUGGAGGUGCAUUGGUCCCUCAUUUCUGUUGAUGUGAGGAGACGCACCAUCACCUAUUUUGACUCGCAGCGCACCCUAAACCGCCGUUGCCCUAAGCAUAUUGCCAAGUAUCUACAGGCAGAGGCAGUGAAGAAAAAUCGGCUGGAUUUCCAUCAGGGCUGGAAAGGUUACUUUAAAAUGAAUGUGGCCAGGCAGAAUAAUGACAGUGACUGUGGCGCCUUUGUCUUACAGUACUGCAAGCACCUGGCCCUGUCUCAGCCAUUCAGCUUCACCCAGCAGGACAUGCCCAAACUUCGACGGCAGAUCUACAAGGAGCUGUGUCACUGCAAACUCACUGUGUGAGCCUCAAAUCCCAGGCCUCAAGCCCAUUCUUUACUGGGCAGAGGACAUGGGAAAUCCCUCCCAGAAACUCCAGUUCCUUUCCUCUUACGCCUCUCCCUGCCCAGUUCCCUUGUUUUUUCAUAUUUAAAUGUUUAAAUUGAUUUCUGUAUUUUUUUGUUUCUUUGAGAGAAUUGUUGAUUUCUAAUGUUCAGGGGUGGCAAUGGAAAAGCCCCUUUCUCUCUGUGGAAGGAGAGACUGGCCUUGUAACCUGAGUGGGGCAGUCAUACCCCUUCUGUGUUCAAGGGGGGGUGGGCAGGAAAAUCUGCUGGGGGUGUUGGGCGGGCAAAGGGAUUACUGCCUGCCAGAUCUUGAAACUUUUUUUUAUAUAUAUAUAUGUAGAUAUAUAUAUAUAAAUGCCACGGUCCUGCUCUGGUCAAUAAAGGAUCCUUUGGAGAUA